AUGAGACCAGGCGAUGCAGAGAUUAAGGGAAUUAAGCCCAAAAUUGUUGAAGAAUAUUCUCUAUCUCAGGAAAACGGUUCUUCCCACGAUUCGUGGAAAGGCCUAAUAUCGUCAGCGAAGGACACUCCUUUGCAGUAUAAUCAUAUGAAUCGUGAAAGUCUAAAAAAAUAUUUUAACCCGAAUGCAAAACUUAUUGAGAAUCCUUUAGAUGCGCCGAUCCAAUUUAGAGUAUGUGAAAAAUGUGGGAAGCCUCUAGCUUUGACAGCUAUCGUGGACCACUUAGAGAACCAUUGUACGGGAGCAUCCGGAAAAAGCAACACAGAUCUAAAAGACGAAAGUACUAGUGAAACAAUACGAAAUGGAGUGGAAUCAACUGGGACAAAUAAUGACGAUGAUGACAAUAGCAAUGAUAAUAACAAUGACGACGAUGACGAUCACGACGAUGAUGAUGACGAUGACGAUGACGAUGACGAUGACGAUGACGAUGACGAUGAUGAUGUCAAUGGCGCAAACUAUAAGAAGAGUGACUCUUCUUUUAACCCUCUAAAAAGAUCAACAUCUAUGGAAUCUGCCAACACACCAAAUACGGAUACGAAAAGAUCGAAAACUGGAACUCCCCAAACCUCCAGCUCUUCCAUAAAAAAACAAAAAAAAGUCAAACAAAGAAACCCGACUGAGAAACACUUGAUUGAUUUCAAUAAACAAUGUGGUGUAGAGUUGCCGGAGGGUGGCUAUUGUGCACGUUCGUUAACAUGUAAGUCCCAUUCUAUGGGUGCAAAGAGGGCCGUUUCUGGUCGUUCCAAGCCCUACGAUGUCUUGCUAGCUGAUUAUCAUAGAGAACAUCAAACUAAAAUUGGCGCAGCUGCUGAGAAACGUGCUAAGCAACAAGAAUUACAAAAAUUACAAAAGCAGAUACAAAAAGAGCAGAAAAAACAUACACAGCAACAGAAGCAAGGCCAGAGGUCUAAGCAAAGAAACGUAAAUGGUGGAAAGUCUGCCAAAAAUGGCAAUAAGAAUACUGGUCACAACGGUAACAGUAUCAGCGAAGUAGGACACGUUAAUCUAACUCCUGAAGAGGAAACAACACAGGUUUUAAAUGGUGUGUCCCGAUCAUUUCCACUACCAUUAGAGUCAACAGUACUGUCAUCAGUUAGAUACAGGACCAAAUACUUUAGAAUGAGGGAAAUGUUUGCUUCCUCAUUUUCUGUGAAACCAGGAUACACUUCUCCAGGUUAUGGUGCAAUCCAUUCUCGUGUAGGAUGUUUAGAUUUGGAUAGAACAACAGAUUACAAGUUUCGUGUUAGGACCCCUCAGCCAAUUAAUCAUCUAACAAACCAAAACCUUAAUCCGAAACAAAUACAAAGACUACAACAACAAAGAGCUCUACAAGCGCAGCUUCUUUCUCAACAACAGCAGCAGCAGCAGAAGCAACAGCAUCAUUUAACCCAAGCUCAAGGCCAGGCCAAUACUCAACAGCAGACUCAAGGUAUGGUGCCCAAUCACUUCCCUACCGGCGCAACGAAUUCGUCAUUUAAUGCCAAUAUAAUGAACAAGCAAGUUCAGCAGCAGCAGCAGCAUAAGUCUCAAGAUACGGGUCUUACGCCGCUGGAGAUACAAUCACAACAACAAAAGCUACGACAACAGCAACUACAGCAGCAGAAGUUUGAAGCUGCAGCUUCAUAUUUAGCCAACGCUACCAAAUUAAUGCAAGAAUCAAAUCAAGAUAACCAUUUAUCUGGUACUCACAACAAUAAUAAUAGUGGAAAAAACGGUCACAACGACAUAAUGACGAUGAAAGCGUCCAUGAAUUCUCCUAAUGCUAGCAUAAGUGGCAUGCAAUCUCCCCCUAGUAUCAACACCCUCAAUGGCUCUGGACAAGGUGUAUCUACCGGUAUUAAUGUCCCCGGCAAUAACGGGAGAAUUGAAGUAGGCAUUGGAAAUUCUGUGAAUCCCUAUAAGGGCAGAAUAAAGUAA